GCCGUGCCCCGUGACGUCACCGCGCCCGUUGCGGCGGCCGCAGCGCGCGCGCGCGUUCCGCCAUGGAGGCCUCGGCGGGCGGCGGGCCCGGCGGCGCGGGCCGGCGCUGGUACUUUACCCGCGAGCAGUUAGACCGAAGCCCCUCCCGCCGAGCUGGGCUCGACCCGGAUAAGGAGCUCUCGUACCGGCAGCAGGCGGCGAAUCUGCUGCAGGACAUGGGGCAGCGCCUCAACGUCUCCCAACUUACCAUCAACACGGCCAUCGUGUACAUGCAUCGCUUCUACAUGGUGCAGUCCUUCACCCAGUUCCACAGGAACUCAGUGGUACCGGCAGCUCUGUUCCUGGCUGCCAAGGUGGAGGAGCAGCCUCGAAAGCUGGAUUAUGUCAUCAAGGUAGCCCAUGCCUGUCUCCAUCCCCAGGAACCUCCUCUAGACACCAAGAGCGAGGCUUACCUGCAACAAGCCCAAGACCUGGUCAUUCUAGAGAGCAUAAUACUGCAGACCCUGGGUUUUGAGAUCACCAUCGAUCACCCCCACACCCACGUGGUGAAGUGCACGCAGCUGGUGCGAGCCAGCAAGGACUUGGCACAAACUUCCUAUUUCAUGGCUACCAACAGCCUGCACCUGACCACCUUCAGCCUGCAGUACACCCCUCCCGUUGUGGCCUGCGUCUGUAUCCACCUGGCUUGUAAGUGGUCCAACUGGGAGAUCCCAGUCUCCACGGACGGGAAGCACUGGUGGGAAUACGUUGAUGGCACUGUAACUCUGGAGCUCUUAGAUGAACUGACUCAUGAAUUCCUGCAAAUUCUUGAGAAAACUCCCAACCGGCUUAAACGCAUCCGGAACUGGCGGGCUUCUCAAGCAGCCAAGAAGUCCAAGGCUGAUGACCAUGGUGAAGACGAGAGCCUCUCGGAGCAGACGAUCCUCAACAUGAUUUCCAGGAACAACAGCUCGGACAUGAACAUCGCUGGAUUAAUGAGCAUGUCGACAUCCUCGACUGCCGGAGCGGGGCCUUCUCUGACGGCCACAGCGGACUCUCCCAGCGAGCAGAGCAGUGCGGAUGUAUCCCAGACUGACCACUGGCAUCCUCCAGCCAAGCUGGACAUCAGCCAGAGUCACAGGACUAACGAAAGCUCUUCGGCUGCUGAGCAUCCGUCGCAGCAAGAUGGCGCUGGCUAUCAGAAACACCCCAGCAAGAACGCUCCGUCAGCCAAAGUCUCGCUCAAGGAAUACCGGGCCAAGCACGCCGAGGAGCUGGCGGCGCAGAAGCGGCAGCUGGAGAACAUGGAGGCCAACGUGCGCUCUCAGUACGCCUACGCCGCGCAGAACCUUCUGGUCCAGCAGCAGCGGGAGAGGGAAGUUCAGCAGGACAGCAACCCCUCUCCCAUCAUCCUCAAAAUCCCCAUUGGAGGCCCUGAGAACCCCGAACGUCCUCCUGGGCCCGAAAAGGGUGACAAAGCCUCGGCUCUGAAGCUGAGGCUCCCGGUGGCGAGUGGAGGAGAUAACAGGCCGCUCCCCUCCAAGCAGGAGGAGAUAAAAAUGCGGAUCAAGAUGCCAACCGGUGCGGACAGGCAUGGCUCUUCAGAUGAGAGCAGCGCCAAGAACCGGGAGCACAAGGAGAAACACAAGGGCCACUCUUCCAACCACCACCACCACCACCAUAACCAUCAUUCUCACAAACACUUGCAUGCCCCGCUCGGCGUCGGCCCCAGCGCCGUGCCCGGCAAGCGGCCGGGAGACUCUAAACAUGGUGGCCCACCCGGCUCCCUGCCCCACAAGAGCUACGGGCCCCUUGGCUCCUCAUCCCGCAAGAGGCCCCUGCCUGAGGAGGCAGCAGCCGCGGCCCACGACCACCAACCUAAAGUCAGCAAAGCCUCCAAAGGCCCCGGUGUGCCGUUUCCAUACCCGCACCUCCCCGGAGGGGUCCAUCUCCCGGGGCAUGGCUCAGAUACGAGCAAUCUUCCUUUAUCCCAAGCUAACAAAGCUCGGGGUACCCACAGCAAAUCGGACAAGGGGCCCACAGGGGCCAACGGGCACAACGCCAGCCAGGCCAGUGACUACCAAGAUACGGUCAAUAUGCUGCACUCGUUGUUGCACGCGCAGGGCAUGCAACCUACCCAGCCCUCCACUUUCGACUUCCACGCUUACGGCGAGCUCUUGAAUCCCCGCGCUUCCACCAGCUCCAGAGCCGCCACCAACACGGACAAACCCCGGCCCCCGCCCCUGCCCUCAGAACCCCCCCCUCCGCUCCCCCCUCUCCCCAAGUAACAAAACCCCUUUUGACUACUGAGUUUGUAGAGCCCGAGCCUGAAGCGGGGGCCGAGGAGGGCUUUGUUCCAUCUUCACUGCCUCACGAAGAACUAUUUUAUUAUAUUAUAACUUUUAUUAUUGAUUAUUUAGAGC